GCGUUGGGGCGAAAGGUUGCUGGAUCGAAUCCCCGAACUGACAAGGUACAAAUCUGUCGUUCUUGCCCUGAACAAGGGAGUUGUUCCACGGUAGGCCGUCAUUGUAAAUAAGAAUGUGUUAUUAACUGACUUGUCGAGUUUUUAAUAGAUAAACGUGUAAAAAAGUAUAACAAAACACUAUUUCCUUGUUCAGAGUUUGAAGCGUAUGACUGACGUCAUCGCCUCCAAUAUGCUGUUGUAGCCUACUGUCCACCGCGAAACUGCUCAUAAGAGAGCAAGAUAUUUCACGGGGAUAACAACACGAACAUAUAACAUGAAUGGCCGAAACUGUUGGACUAUAAAUUACUGGUGUGACAUAUGAGCACUGCCCGAAGGGGGGAGAGGGAGAGAUGAACAUAGAAGUCAGUUCCAUCCCAAAGCUGUACCCAGUCGCAGAGGUCUUCCCAUGGAAUGAGUUCUCCUACACAGCCUGUCUGAGCCCCACAGAGCCCCACGACACAGACGGAUGGCUCUCCGCUCUGCCUGCCUUCCACAAUCAUCAUCCACCCUAUCCCAUCUGUGAGAGAAUGCACCAGACAGGCACCCAAUGCUCUGCUCCAGAGGAGAGCGGCAAGACCGCCACAGACCCUGGAGAGGCUCAGCUGGACUUCUACUGUAAACUGGGCUACUCCCCAGCGCAGGUCCAGACCGUGCUGCAGAAGUUUGGCCUGAACACAGACACUAAUAGGAUUCUGGGGGAGCUGGUGCAGACUGGAGCCAGCCCAGAAGGGAUGGAGAAGGAGGGAGCCCCAACUACCAUGUCUGUCCUGGUUGCUAGAGGGGAGACCCUUAGUAGCCUGCCCCUCACCCCUCCACCAAUUUGGGAGGAUGCAGCCAGUGAGGAGGAAGAUGAUCUGAAACCCAUAGUGAUCGAUGGGAGUAAUAUGGCUAUGAGCCACGGGAACAAGGAAGUGUUUUCCUGCCUGGGAAUCCAGCUGGCUGUGAACUUCUUCCUGGACAGGGGUCAUACUGAUAUCACUGUGUUUGUUCCCUCAUGGAGGAAGGAGCAGCCCAGACCAGAUGUCCCCAUCACAGAUCAACACAUUUUGCGUGAGCUGGAGAGAAAGAAAAUCAUGGUGUUCACCCCUUCGCGGCGUGUAGCGGGCAGACGUGUGGUCUGCUACGAUGAUCGCUUCAUCGUCAAGCUGGCGUACGAGUCAGACGGUGUCAUCGUAUCCAACGACACAUACCGUGACCUUCAGGGCGAGAGACAGGAGUGGAAGCGCUUCAUCGAGGAGAGGCUGCUCAUGUUCUCGUUCGUCAAUGACAAGUUCAUGCCCCCUGAUGACCCCCUGGGUCGCCAUGGUCCCACCCUGGAGAACUUUCUACGGAAGGUUCCUCGGUUACCACGCAAACAGCCAUGUCCUUACGGAAGGAAAUGCACUUAUGGAAUAAAGUGUAAAUUCUACCACCCGGAGCGAGUCAACCAAUCCAAUCGCUCUUUGGCUGACGAGCUGCGGGAGAAGGCCAAGCUGCCCUUGUCACAACAGAAACACCCCACCACAGGUCCUGGACUUGCCUAUGGCCUUUCCCUGGAGGAGCAGAUGGCUCAGAAACUGACCCUAGAACAGUGGAAUGGCUCCUUGAAGAAAGGCCUCACCAGUGAGAAUGUUCUUCUUCUCAAGGGAGGCCAUCGCUCCAGCUGGACGUCCCCAGCUAAGAAGGCCAGCACCAACCGACAUUCCCAGACCGACCUGGACUCGGCCCUGGCCAGUGGCUCUCAAGAGAGGCUAGAUUCUGGGCUGGGCUCCUUCGAGAGCCAGGCAUCUGACCCCUCUAGAAACCACUGUGAUCACUAUAGCAACGCUGGGUACAGGAACUGCCAGUCAAAGUCCGCCCCCAGUAUGAAACAACAACGCUAUUCUCUCCCUAGCGACCUGCCUUGUAGCUGCUGCUCCCAUGCUCCUCAGCCUUCAGGCCCCAGUGCAGGAUACCAACAACACCACAGCCCACACCAUAGCAUGGGCCCAGCCAGCACCCACAACCCAGACAUGAUGACCUACUACCCCCCUUGUUACCCCAACUAUGGAACACCAACGUAUCCAGUUAGUAUGCAUCAGUAUAGCCACCCCAGUGACUACCAACAGCAGGGCAGGGUCCACCGUUCACAGCAGACCUUCUGGUCGGACCCAUUUGGGACUUCUCCUCAGACUCUCCAUUGCAUUGCUCAGGUGGAGCAGCAGAGACACGGGUCCCCUGCCCGGACACAGCCGAGCCCCCAUGGGGAGUGCAGGGAGAGGGAGGACGGCAGGGAGAGGGAGGAUGUCAGGAAGAAGCUGCUGGCCAUCUUUAACGGCCGUCUGGUUGACAGGGCCAUGGACAUGUUCCCCCAUCUCAUGGACCCACAGAGACUGGCUGCUGAGAUCCUCACCCUGAGAUCCUCUCAGGGCCUGUGAUUGGCUCGUUGCUCUGAGAUGGAGGGAUUUUUAGUUUUUUUCAGUUGAAAGAGUCUCUUGAAAAAAUGUCCAAGCUACUAUAAAGAUCAAUGUUUCCCUAAGGUGGAAACACAGAUCUUCCAACUGUAUUUGCUUUGCCAAAUGUGUUCUUGCCAAGUGUUUCAGGAACUAGGUCGCUUAUAUUGCCUCGAACAUAAAACCGGAGGCAAUUGAUUGUUGAUGCAAGUUGUAUCUAUUUAAUAAAUCUUUCUAGACCCUCGAGUGUAUUCGAUGGGUAAAAGUAAUGUAUUUGAGGAGCAAUAUUCUUACAGAAUGCAUGUAUAGUGGGGCAAAAAAGUAUUUAGUCAGCCACCAUUUGUGCAAGUUCUCCCACUUAAAAAUAUGAGAGGCCUGUAAUUUUCAUCAUAUGUACACUUCAACUAUGACAGACAAAAUUAGAUUUUUUUUCCCCAGAAAAUCACAUUGUAGGAUUUUUAAUGAAUUUAUUUGCAAAUUAUGGUGGAAAAUAAGUAUUUGGUCAAUAACAAAAGUUUAUCUCAAUACUUUGUUAUAUACCCUUUGUUGGCAAUGACAGAGGUCAAACGUUUUCUGUAAGUCUUCACAAGGUUUUCACACACUGUUGCUGGUAUUUUGGCCCAUUCCUCCAUGCAGAUCUCCAGAGCAGUGAUGUUUUGGGGCUAUUGCUGGGCAACAUGGACUUUCAACUCCCUCCAAAGAUUUUCUAUGGGGUUGAGAUCUGGAGACUGGCUAGGCCACUCCAGGACCUUGAAAUGCUUCUUACGAAGCCACUCCUUCGUUGCCCGGGCAGUGUGUUUGGGAGCAUUGUCAUGCUGAAAGACCCAGCCACGUUUAAUCUUCAAUGCCCUUGCUGAUGGAAGGAGGUUUUCACUCAAAAUCUCACGAUACAUGGCCCCAUUCAUUCUUUCCUUUACACGGAUCAGUCGUCCUGGUCCCUUUGCAGAAAAACAGCCCCAAAGCAUGAUGUUUCCUCCCCCAUGCUUCACAGUAGGUAUGGUGUUCUUUGGAUGCAACUCUGCAUUCUUUGUCCUCCAAACACGACGAGUUGAGUUUUUACCAAAAAGUUAUAUUUUGGUUUUAUCUGACCAUAUGACAUUCUCCCAAUCUUCUUCUGGAUCAUCCAAAUGCUCUCUAGCAAACUUCAGACGGGCCUGGACAUGUACUGGCUUAAGCAGGGGGACACGUCUGGCACUGCAGGAUGUGAGUCCCUGGCGGUGUGUUACUGUUGGUAGGCUUUGUUACUUUGGUCCCAGCUCUCUGCAGGUCAUUCACUAGGUCCCCCCGUGUGGUUCUGGGAUUUUUGCUCACCGUUCUUGUGAUAAUUUUGACCCCACGGGGUGAGAUCUUGCGUGGCGCCCCAGAUCGAGGGAGAUUAUCAGUAGUCUUGUAUGUCUUCCAUUUCCUAAUAAUUGCUCCCACAGUUGAUUUCUUCAAACCAAGCUGCUUACCUAUUGCAGAUUCGGUCUUCCCAGCCUGGUGCAGGUCUACGGUUUUGUUUCUGGUGUCCUUUGACAGCUCUUUGGUCUUGGUCAUAGUGGAGUUUGGAGUGUGACUGUUUGAGGUUGUUGACAGGUGUAUUUUAUACUGAUAACAAGUUCAAACAGGUGCCAUUAAUACAGGUAACGAGUGGAGGACAGAGGAGCCUCUUAAAGAAGAAGUUAGAGGUCUGUGAGAGCCAGAAAUCUUGCUUGUUUGUAGGUGACCAAAUACUUAUUUUCCACCAUAAUUUGCAAAUAAGUGUUUAAAAAAUCCUACAAUGUGAUUUUCUGGAUUUUUUCCCCCCUCAUUUUGUCUGUCAGUUGAAGUGUACCUAUGAUGAACAUUACAGGCCUCUCAUCUUUUUAAGUGGGAGAACUUGCACAAUUGGUGGCUGACUAAAUACUUUUUUGCCCCAUUGUACAUAAGCCUUAGGGCACUAUUAUAGACAAAUGUUUCAAGAUGAAUUAUGACAUAAAGAGUAUUAUCGGCACAGUGUGCCAUAAUGUUGGUCACAGCUAACUGUCUAGUACGGUCUAAUACGGUAGUGAAGUAGAUGCUCUAUGGGUCAAGUUCAUUGAAGAACAUUAAUGUCCAGAGAAGAAGUAUAAUUGCAUUCUUAAUUUAAAAGAAAUAACUCUAUAAUACAAAAACAUACAAAAUAGAUAGUCAAUAGAUAUAGACCAGUAUAAUAUUUUUUGCCAUUUCUAGUAUCUACUUUGUAUUCAUUCUGUGUGCAGCAAUGUGAGAGCAGAUGGCUUGUUUAUUAUUUUUAUAAUUUCAGAUCGUUGUUCAGUGCCCUUCCCCUUUUCCACAUUUUGUUACGUUACAGCCUUAUUCUAAAAUAGAUUAAAAUAUUUUUCUCAUAAAUCUACACACAAUACCCCAUAAUUACAGAUCAAAAACAGGUUUCUAGAAAAUUGUGCAAUUUAUAUUUUUUAAACCCAAAAAGCAGAAAUACCUUAUUUACAUCAGUAUUCAGACCCUUUGCUAUGAGACUCGCAAUUGAGUUCAGGUGCAUCCUGUUUCCAUUGAUUAUCCUUGAUGUUUCUACAACUUGAUUGGAGUCCACUUGUGGUAAAUUCAAUUGAUUGGAUAUGAUUUGGAAAGGCACAUACCUCUCUAGAUAAGGUCCAACAGUUGAGCAUGUCAGAGCAAAAACCAAGCCAUGAGGUCGACGGAAUUGUCCAUAGAACUCCGACACAGGAUUGUGUCGAGGCACAGAUUUGGGGAAGGGUACCAAAAAAUGUAUUCAGCAUUGAAGGUCCCCAAGAACACAGUGUCCUCCAUCAUUUUCCAAUGGAAGUAGUUUGGAACCACCAAGACUUCCUAGAGAUGGUCGCCCCUGUCAAACUGAACAAUCGUGGGAGAAGGGCCUUGGUCAGGGAGGUGACCAAGAACCCGAUGGUCACUCUAACAGAGUUCCUCUGUGGAGAUGGGAGAACCUUCCAGAAGGACAACCAUCUCUGUAGCACUCCACCAAUCAAGUCUUUGUUAGGGUGGCCAGACGCAAACCACUCCUCAGUAAAAGGCACAUGACGGCCUUCUUGGAGUUUGCCAAAAGGCACCUAAAGACUCUGACUAUGAGAAACAAUAUUCUCUGGUCUGAUGAAACCAAGAUUGAAGUCUUUAGCCUGAAUGCCAAGCUUAACGUCUGGAGGAAUCCUGGUACCAUCCCUACGGUGAAGCAUGGUGGUGGGAGCAUCAUGCUGUGGGGAUGUUUUUCAGUGGCAGGGACUGGGAGAUGGAGUAAAGUACAGAGAGAUCAUUGAUGAAAACCUGCUCCAGAGCACUCAGGACCUCAGACUGGGGCGAAGGUUCACCUUCCAACAGGACAACAACCCUAAGCACAAUGCCAAGACAACGCAGGAGUUUCUUCGGGACAAGUCUCAAUAUCCUUAAGAGACCCAGCCAGAGCCUGGACUUGAACCCGAUCGAAUAUCUCUGGAGAGACCUGAAAAUAGCUGCGCAGUGACGCUCUCCAUCCAACCUGACAGAUCUUGAGAGGAUCUGCAGAGAAGAAUGGGAGAAACUCACCAAAUACAGGUGUGCCAAGCUUGUAGCGUCAUACCCAAAAACACUUGAGGCUGUAAUCACUGCCAAAGGUGAUUCAACAAAGUAGAGAGUAAACGGUUUGAAUACUGUUGUAAAAAUUCUGAAACACUGUUUUUGCUUUGGCGUUGUGGCGUAUUUUGUGUACAGUAGAUUGAUGAGGGUGGAAAAAACGGUUGAAUCAAUUUUAGAACAAGGCUGUAACGUAACAGAAUGUGGGGUCUGAAUACUUUCCGAAUGCACUGUGUGUGUUCAUUAGCUGCCAAGGGAGUGUUUUUCUUUUCUUCAGUGUGCAUGGAGUUGUGGUGUGAAUACAGGCAAUUAAUAAUUUCAGUUUUCGUAUCAAGACGUGAGAUGGGUUAGUUCAUGCAUUGUGUGACCAAGUAGCAACACAGAGACACGAAGUGGUGAACAGCCAAAACAGAUGGAAUCUGAUGUGGAGUAUCAGAGUUAAAUGUUAUAAAUUAGUCUGUGAAAGUUUAGUCUGUGAAAGUUUAUCUCCCCAAAUGUUUAUAAUGUUUUAGACAAAGCUUUACAGAUGAAACAUGAUAUGACAAUGGAUAAUAUGUAGGAAAGUUAUUUAGUUUUGUCACAGUUUUGGUAGUGGUACUGAUAAGCUUUCAUCUUUUGGGGGAGUUGUAAGUCUUUCUACUGCAAAACUUCUGUUGUGACUCACUGUGCUGGGAGCUGUUCAUACCGGCUAUUCACUGCUAUUAUUACUGAUGGGAAAAUAUAAUAGUUAUUUUGAGAAUAAGGAAAUUCACCAAACUGCUGUUGUGGGUUUAAUAAAUUCAUGACUCAUUUUGAGGGAACAGUU